UUGAUAUUUCAUUAAAAAGUUGAAUUUUAAAUUUGAUUUUCGUUUAAAAUUGUUCUUAAAACUUUCCAAAUGUCGUCGAAGGUGCCGAUCAUGUCGACGGCCGGUGCUGUUCCGACGAAAAAUGAAAAAGGUGAGCUUACGAUGGAAAAAGUCAAAGUUUCAAGAUACGUUACUGGAAAAAGGCCAGAAUAUGCCCCAGACUCUAGCGAUGAAGAGGACGUGAAUUUGAAUUUACUAAAGAUAAAAAAUGCAAAUGAUGACAAUGAUGAAGAUGACGACGACAACGAGUACAACAACUACAACAAUAGACUAACCGAUGAGGAGAAUGUCGGCUCCCAGAACUACAAAGGCGACAAACGACUGCAAAGAUUAAUGAACCUCAACAGACAUCGCAAAAAUGUUGACGACGAUUACGAUGAUGAAGAUAGAAUAGCAAGACAUCGGAAAUUAGUUGAACCGGAAGUCUUAGAAAAAUCUGAUGACGAUGAAAAUGAUUACGACAAUGAUGAGAGAGAUGAAAGGAGGCGCUACAUAAAUGAUGGCGAUGCCAGCGAUGAUGAGGACCUCGAUGAUGAGGAGAUAGAGAGAAGGAGGGAGGCAAUCAGACUAAGGAUACUUAAUCAGAAGAAAGACGAGGACAUCCUAGAUAGGGCAGACGAAAGUGACAGUGGGAACGAAAAACAAGAUGGCGAAGAUGAUGAUGAUGAUGAUUAUGAAGAAUAUUCCGAAUCGGAAGAGGAAGAAGUCGAGCCGAGGCUUAAACCUGUUUUCGUCAGGAAGAAAGACAGGAUAACGAUACAGGAAAAGGAAAAAGAACUUCAGAAACUGAAAGACCAGGAGUAUGAGAAUAAGAAACUGGCCAAUGAAAGAAGAGCUCAGACAUUAAAGAUGGUGGAAGCCGAGAUAAAGAGAGAUAUGGAGACGAAAGUGAAGGAGAACGAGGACGAGUUUGGCGGGGUCGUCUCAAAUGAUGAAAAUGAUGAAGAGCAGUAUGAAGCUUGGAAGGUUCGAGAGUUGAGAAGAUUGAAAAGAGACAGAGACGAGAGAGAAGCGAUAGAUAGGGAGAAACAGGAACUUGAGAGGUUGCACAACAUGACUGAAGAGGAACGCAGGCAAGAGCAGAAACUGAAUCCGAAAGUUGUCACGAACAAGGCGCCGAAAGGGAAAUACAAAUUUCUACAAAAAUAUUAUCAUAGGGGUGUCUUUUAUUUGGACAAAGAUGAUACAGUAUACAAGAGGGAUUUCACGGCACCUACAUUGGAAGACCACUUCAACAAAACUGUACUUCCUAAAGUCAUGCAGGUAAAGAACUUCGGCAGAUCGGGUCGAACAAAGUACACUCAUUUGGUUGACCAGGACACGACACAAUUCGAAUCGGCCUGGGUAGCUGACACGGCCAUGAACUUGAAGUUUCACACGAAUAAGGGUGGAGGUAUGAAGCAACAGUUCGAUAGACCGGCCAUCAAAAGAAAAUGAAUAAAUUAUGAUAAACGAUUAUACGAAUCGGGAUUGUUAUUAUUUUUAAUCUUUUAUUUUAUGCUAUGUGAAUAAAGUUAUGAAAAUGUAU